UCCUCCUCCUGGUUGUUAGUUCCGCUCGUUACCAGUUGUCUUUACACUGCACGCUAGCAAGAUGACCGGUUCAAACGGUAAAAAGGGCUCAUCCCCUGGUGUGACUGACUGGAUCCGUUCAGCUUGUCAGUUUGCAACAGACAGAAACGACUUCAGAAGGAAUCUUCUGGUCAACUUGGGUUUGUUCGUAGCUGGAGUUUGGGUUGCAAGAAAUCUCUCAGAUUUCGACCUGAUGUCUCCUCAACCUGUAACAUAACCUGGUCAAAAAUACAGCGCCACCAAAACCAGGAUGAUGGUAUCUUGGACCAACAAAGACGAAAACAAGGGACAUGAAUAAACAAACAUAAAACUUU